GAUGACUGCAAGGACUAACUAUUUAAAACUCUAAUGAGCCGCUCUCUCAUACAAAUGAGUAGCACUGAAGCUCCCACGAAACACACAACCGGCAAACGGUUCCCGGCUGCGGUUCUCAGUCACCUUCCGACACAUUUUGAAAGUCUAAGUCAUUAUCUUACGGAACUCCUUCUCCCAUACCCAUUGGUGUUUAAGAAACGAUUUGCAUUAUGCUUUCAUUUUGGAUUUUUAUCAGUUGUCUAACGUUAGUUGCGAGUGGACAUGGAGAAAAUACAGUUAUUAAAGAUGGGGAAGAAGCAUUUGGGGAAAUGUCAACGCCAAACGUAUCCCUCCAUUACCUCAUAAAGUACAACAUGCGCAAAAGUUUGGAUCUGGACCUGGACGGUUGCUACCUGCAGGUUGGCAGGAAGGAAUCUCUCCAGGAGUGUGGCUUCAACGCCACAGCCAAGACCAUCUUCAUCAUUCACGGCUGGACGAUGAGCGGACUGUUUGAGAGCUGGAUGACCGAGCUGGUCUCUGCUUUGAUUCAGCGAGAGACGGAAGCGAACGUGAUCAUCGUGGACUGGAUCUCGUUGGCUCACCAGCUGUACCCAGACGCGGUUAACCACACCCAACGUGUCGGCCUCAGCAUCGCACAAAUGCUCAACUGGCUUCAGGAUGAGCACCAGCUACCUUUGAGCAACGUGCAUCUGAUUGGCUACAGCCUGGGAGCGCAUGUGGCGGGCUACGCUGGGACAAACGUACGGGGAACUCUCGGCCGGAUCACAGGGCUUGACCCGGCAGGACCUAUGUUUGAGGGGGCCGGGGAAGGGAACCGGCUCUCUCCGGACGACGCCGAUUUCGUAGACGUCCUGCACACGUACACCCGGGAGGCGUUGGGCGUGAGCAUCGGCAUCCAGCAGCCAAUAGGGGACAUCGAUAUCUACCCCAACGGCGGGGAAGUGCAGCCCGGCUGCAGCCUCGGUGACGUGCUAGCGGUGGCAGGAAAUUUCAUGGAGGUGAUGAAGUGUGAGCACGAGCGCGCCGUGCACCUGUUCGUGGACUCCCUGAUGAACAAGGACCACAUGAGCUUCGCCUUCCAGUGCACCGGGCCCGACCGCUUCAAGAAGGGCAUCUGCCUCAGCUGCAGAAAGAACCGCUGCAACAACAUCGGCUACAACGCCAAGAAGAUGCGCAAGAGGCGCAACAGCAAGAUGUACCUGAAGACCCGCGCUGACACGCCGUUCGGAGGUUACCACUACCAGAUGAAGAUGCACAUUUUCAACAGAAAUCAUUCGGACAACGUGGACCCCACAUUCCACGUCAAGUUGUAUGGGGCUCACGACGACACAGAAAAACUCUUUGUUGACGUCCCUAACGGUGUGGGUCUGAACCUGACCAACACCUUCCUGGUGUUCACUGAGGAGGAGAUCGGAGACUUGCUGAACAUCACCUUGAGCUGGGAAGCACCAUCUGACUCCUGGAACUCUUUCUGGAAGGCCCUCAAGCAGUCCUUCUCGAAUAAGACCGCCACACCCGUUCUUGAAGUACGACGGAUCCGUGUGAAGGCUGGAGAAACUCAGAAAAUGUUCACCUUCUGUGCCCACGACAAGACUGAAAUAUCCCCGGGGGAAUCGGUGAGCUUCGGAAAAUGUCGUGAUGGCUGGGAAGUGAAACCGAGAAAAAGACUGGUUGCAUAAAGAACUCUGCUCUUCCAAGAAGCACUGCAGCGUCAUAAGGGGACCCAACAUGGAACAGCAAGGAGGACUUCUGUCUCUUUAUUUGAGCACUUCCGACUCUUUAUUUGAGCACUUUCGGAGGAGGAGGAGGAGGAGGAGGAGGAGGAGGAUCAGCAAACUGUGGCAGGGGCCAUUCUGGCUCCUGGACUGUGAACACGCCAGGAUAGUUUCCAUUGGUCGCUGUUCAUAACGACUCUGGGCUAUUUUCCAGCGUUGUAGCCAGACAACGGCAGUGAAUGCGGGCCAAACAAGUUUGGUUUGGCCGGCGGGGGCUUUCAAGAGCGUUCCUUUUUAUAUGAACUAGUGUCAACUUGGCACUGGGGAAGUAGUGUACAGAUCAGUGUCAAGAGGACAUUCACCGGAAAUGUAGUCGCUUUACUGUGUAAUCUUUUUAAUAUUUAUUUAUGCAGGUUCGAUCUGCACGACCAAGUAUUUAUCAAAUGCACACAUUUGUGUGUGUGUGUGUGUUUGUGUGGGUGUGUGUGUUUGUGCGUGUUUUCUGCCGAGCGAGAUAUCAAUACACUGUAAAUGAUAUGAAUUGUGUGUCAUGUGUAUUAGGGGAUGUGUAUAUUAAAUUUUCAUAAAUUAAACUUAUUUGUACUAAC